AUGCGGUCGUCCUCCAUCGCUUGCCUCGUGGCAGCGACGUGUCUUUUUUCGGUUUCCGUCGGCGCCCUUCCCAUCGAAUAUUUCUACGGUGAAGACGGACAACUUCAACAACAGGAGGAGCCUAUUGAGGAGACUGAAGACAACGCCGACAACUUUCAACAGGAUCGUGAAAUUGUCGCCCUAUUCGACCCAUCCAAGCCAAUCGGUCAAGUCAGUGGCCUUGCCAUCAACAAAAACGGACACAUCGUCGCUUUCCACCGUUCCGGACGUGUUUGGGAUGAGAAGAGCUUCAAUUCGGAUGAGACGUUCAACAAAGACUUGGGACCAAUCAAUAAUCACACUUUCGCAAUUAUCGAUCGCGAGAAGAAGGUUGUCGAUGAGUUCGGCGCCGGCAUGUUCUACAUGCCACAUGGAUUGACAAUUGAUUCGAAUGGAGACUAUUGGGUGACUGAUGUCGGAUCCCAUCAAGUACACAAAAUAGAUGCAAAGACCCAAAAGAUUGUGAUGAGUUUGGGAGAGAAGUUGGUGCCCGGUGAGGAUCAGACUCACUUCUGUAAGCCAACUGAUGUGGCGGUCGCUAAGAAUGGACACAUUUUCGUUGCUGACGGUUACUGUAAUAGUCGCAUUUUGAAGUUCGACUCGAAGGGACGCUUGAUGGCACAAAUCAAUGCGGCUAUUGAAGACGGUCAACCAUCGGAAUUCGCCAUCCCCCACUCCUUGGCUCUCAUCGAGGAUAUGAAUAUUGUCUGUGUUGCUGAUAGAGAAAACCAACGUGUCCAAUGCUUCUCGGCGGGUCUCUCCGAAGGCGAUCGUACUCUUCCAACCGGUAUCCCAAUCACCUCGGCCACCGACAUCGGCCGCGUCUUCGCCAUCCGUGAGCGUGAACACUAUCUCAUCGGUGUGACGGGUAAAUCAGAAGACGUCGAGGCUCAAAUGUUCUCGAUCAAUAUGAAGACCGGAAAGACCGAAACGUUCGCCAAGGGACUUCGUGACACUCAUGCGUUGGCCGUCGCCGCCGACGGUGUCAUGUACGUCUCGCAGUUGGAGCCAAGCCGAAUUCUUGAAGUUCGUCUUUUGUAA